CUCCGCCUGAACGCCGUCCCCCCCGCAGGGCGCAGCAUGGGCUUCCUGACGGCCGUGACGCAGGGCCUGGUGCGCGGCGCCGACCGGAUGAGCCGGUGGACCAGCAAGCGCGGGCCGCGCACCUUCUACAAGAGCCGGGGCGCCAAGAGAACCGGCGUCCUCGCCCCCGGCCGCAAGUUCGUGCAGAUCAAGGAAAUGGUCCCGGAGUUCGUGGUUCCAGACCUGACUGGCUUCAAGCUCAAGCCCUACGUGAAUUACCGCACUCCCGCAGGCACCGAGACGCCGCUCACUGCCAGAGCGCUCUUCCUGGAAGCCGUUGCACCUGCUAUCGAAAAGGACUUUAAAAAAGGCGCGUUCGAUCCCGACCGCCUUGAGAAGUAUGGCUUCGAGCCCACCCAGGAGGGCAAACUCUUCCAGCUGUAUCCCAAGAAUUUCCCACGCUAGAAAGCAGUGUCCACAGGCUUCUCUCCACAGGAGCCCAUACUAACCCCACCUCAGAUCACCAGUCUCUGGGGAGGCAUGGGGAAGCGUCUUCAUGCUUGUCUAUUAAAGGCCUUUGUUACCCUGUA